AUGCCGCCCAUCGCAAAAGUCGUUGUCGGCCCAGUCUCGAUUCCCGUCCAGUAUAACAUUCCGGACGCCCAACUCUUCAGCCAGAAAUGGUGGGCGGAAGCCACAAAGACGAACUUCUUCUGGACCCAGUUCAAGAGAUACACUUCUCGUGGCACUAUCAACAAAAGAAUUGGGUUGGAAAUCAAAACCGAAGUCGUGGAAGGUACUCGCGGAUUGCAGGUUAAGUCCAAUGCAGCAGAAACAGCUCAAGGAAAGGGCCGUCCGAAACAAAAGAAGAGGAUGCGGCCUGAGAGCACACCUCUAGCCCCCACACCUGUCGCAACAUCUGGGACAGAAGAGGAAACAGACUCUGAUUCUGAGGCACAUUUCAUCGAGGAAAGACUGGAGACUGACGACCUCGGAAUUGGAGAAGACAUGCCGGGCCCGGGACCUUCUGCACGCCCUCGUCAAAAACCAGCCUAUUUUCCCCCGUUUGAAUGCACGAGGUGCACCAAAGAAACAGCCUUCAGCGACAUUAGCAUUGAACAUGACGGUACCUUACUCUGCAAGGCGUGCAAAGGCAAUGUACCUGAAGUAGCCUCCGGGGAUAUUGCCGUUGAGAUGCCCACCCAAGCAGGCGGACUUUUCGAACCACUAAAGGACACAAGGGCCGCUCUUCUCGAACCACCAAAGGACACAAACGCCAGCCAAGCUACCAAGCCAGAAUCCCUCGUCGUCAAGGUGGAGGACGAGAAACCCGAACUACAAGAUAGGCCAGCCACCACUGGUGCGGCCACGAAACCUAAGCGACAGCGACAGCGCGAGGACGAUGGACGGAUCCUCACAAUCAACGGAGAGGAGUGGUUGGUCUAUGCCGACGAGAAGGGUGACGAGCACGCGAUCAAGCUCGGAAUGGCUAGCAAGAAGAUCAAGAUUGAGCUGGACUGA